AUGAUGACUCUAAAGCUCGUAUACACCACUCACACUCUACUUUUCACCGCCUCUCUCUUCCCACCCUUUAGUAUUCCACUUGCAAAAUCAGAAGGUGUACCAAUGCCCGGUUUGGCUUUCAGUUGGUUGGACAAUAAUGACACAUUCAUGGCCGGGGAUAUAGCAACUAUAAAGGUUAAAGUACUGGGAAAUUUCGAGGCUCACAAGUACAAAUAUCCUUUUAAUCCUAACAUCACAGUGAGUGAAAAGAUGGGAAAUAGUUCUUAUAUUUCUGGAGUUUCUUCACAUUUUGAUGUUGAUGUUGAUGUUGACAAUUGGAGGAUUUCUUUCGUUCCUAUUAUGGUUGGGUUGUUCAAUGUGCUUAUCACCGAUGACCAUUUUAAAGUUCUAGAUUCUUCGUUGCAUUUCCGGGUUACACCAGGGAGAAUGUAUCCAUCCACUGCUGUUGUGUCAUGGAUGGGUGGAGUGAACAAAUUUGUGGCUGGGACAAAAGCAGCAGUUGUGAUACUUCCUAAAGAUGCAUUUGGGAAUAAUAUUUCAUCAACAAAUGAAGGAUCAAUCUCUUAUAAUUUUGGAUUGGCUGCAUCUUUUACAAAUGGUUCCGUUGCAAGUUUGCUUAAUGUCUGUAACAAAGGAUGGAAUGAAUUGGGAUAUCUCAGCAUUGAGUUUAUUGUGGCCACAGCUGGAAGCCUAUUACUUCAUGUUGAAGAGGAAAAUCAAACAUUGAGUGGAACUCCAUUGCCUUUCAAGGUGAACCCAGGAGCAUUGGAUUUCUCUCAUUGUGUGACUCAAUGGAAUACUGAAAUGAAGUUCUUCCAACUAUUUUCUGUGAUGGACACUUUUAUACACCAGCGAGACCAAUAUGGAAAUCUUGUUCCAGGAUUGUAUGCAUUUGAUGUUGAAGUCAUUGAAAAGGGGACAAAUUUGUCGAUGCCCAUAUCAGAUUUGCAUUUCAAAGAAGUCGAACCGGGUAUACAGUUGUUUUCUUUCACCUUAGAGGAACCGGGGAACUUUAUGCUCAUGAUUUCUGACAAGGAGCAGAAUAACCUCCUGUCCAAUAUGCCAUAUGAUUUCACUGUUUAUAUAGGGUAUUGCGAUGGAUUCAAUAGUAUCAUCAAUGGAUUUGGCUUAAAUAAUUCUAUUGCUGGUGAAGUUGCAAGGUUUUCUGUUUUCUUGAAAGAUGCUUAUCUAUACCCUUCUCCGGUUGAGUUAGAAAGGCUGCAAGUGCAAAUUGUGCGGGAAUUGGAUUCCCAUCAAGUACAUCCGAGCAUAUAUCCAAUGGAAAAUGUAAAUGGUAGUUGGUCAACUGGAAUAUUGAAUUAUGGUGCCAGCAGUCAUAUAGAACUAGCUUCUGCUCCAACUGUUUCAUCACAUAACAAUUCUGUUGAGAACCGGAAAGUUAAGGCUAGCUCAUUCAAUGUUGUGUAUAAGCCUGAAAAAAGUGGGAUAUACAAACUUAGUGUAUUUUGUGGAAACAUUCCAUUGAAUGGCGGUCGUGCAUUCAGAAAGGAAGUAAGUGCAGGUGACGUAAAUAUAUCACUUUCAGGAGUUACAAAAUUCGUGCCAAAAGUACCAAAGCUGAUUAAAAAUGAAAUAAUAGUGCAGCUCAUGGAUUCAUUUUCUAAUCCUGUCCUGGCACAACAAUCAAGGUUAAAACUGGAGAUUGGUUCAAUUAACAGUUCUGGUUUCUCAACAUGGAUGUUUGUUGAUAACAUGGAUGGGUCAUAUAGUGGUCUCUAUCUGGCAAAGGAUGUCGGCACUUAUGAGAUAUGUGCUUCAUUUGAUGGAAAACGUUUCUUGCCCUGUCCCUUUGGGGUAAAUGUGUACAGUCGUGAAUAUUUUCCAAAAGCCUACAAUGACAUAAUAUUUGUUUGGGAGGAUGAGUCAAUUGCUUUUGAUGCCGUAGAAAAUGAUUACUUUGCUGGUGGCAAUGCAAGUAUUGUUGAUUACUCAAAGCCUUGUCAUGGUUCUCUUCUACAGUAUGGACGUAUCUUUAGAUAUACACCCUAUAAAGGGUUUUAUGGAAAUGAUUCUUUCUCGUACACAGUAUCAGAUGUAAAUGGCAACCUGGCUUCUGCUGAUGUCAAUAUAUCUGUUUUAAGCGUUCCACCUCAGUUUAUUUCCAUUCCACGUCAUUUGCAAGUAACUGAAGAUAUAAUAGGUCCCCGAUUUGGUGGGUUUUCUGGCUUUGAGAUGAUAUAUUCGGAUUUUAUCGAGAACAUCACUGUGACGCUCAAUGCAAGACAUGGGACUGUCUUUCUCUCCCCAAUGCUGAUGCAAUUUUGGCAGCCCAUGUGGAGUGAACUUUCUAUUGAAAAAAGAGACGGAAAAGCUAAAGAUUUAAUUUUAGUAGGUCGUUUGGAAGUCAUCAACUUCGCCCUUCAGUCAGUCCAAUACCUUGGAAAUGAGAAUUUUAGUGGUGAUGAUACAAUUUGGGUUGCUGCAAUGAACAAUAAUGGAGUGAAUGAUUUAGAUGUUCCAAUUUUCGUAGAGCCUAUCAAUGAUCCUCCAUUUAUUAAUGUUCCUGCAUUCAUCAUUUUGGCGGGAAAGGAGAAGGAAGAAAUGCUAAUAUUUGAUAGACAAAAGGACAAAUUUGAUUUCACCAUUGGGGACCCAGAUCUGCUUAAUUUCCCUGGAAACGAGUCUCAAUUUUUGGUGAUGUUCUCUGUGGAAGUUAAUUCUGGAAUUUUAUCAAUCAAUCUACCAGCUAAGCUCGUUAGUACAACUGAACUGAAAUUGAAGAGCAGCUAUCAGUGGCAGCCCCUUCAAACAUUUGUUACUAUUUCAAAACAUUUUAUGGUCAAGGCAAAAGGCAUUAGAUUCCGGGGAACAAUCAAUGACUGCAAUGAUGCCAUGCAACAGCUGUCUUAUCAUUUAUUUGAUUUCUGGCUAAGUGAUGCUUUUAUGCAUACCUUGGGUUGUCGGAAACAUUGGGUUGAGAAAUUAGACCAUGGAAAUAAUGGGUACCAAAUUCUUUCAGAAGUAUGCUACAUUGCAAACCUCAAUGGUGCUGUGGCAAGACAGUAUCCCAGUAGCAAAUCCAUAAUCUUCAAUCACAUUGAAUGGUGGAUUAAUGACUUAAUUCUAGUGACAUACUGCAUCCUAGUUGUAGAAACCCGUCUUGACUGA